AGUAGCUGCAAUACCAGUCUUGAGAAACAGAGUGUGUUAGUGUUUUAUUCAUGGUAACCGUGGGAAGUUGGCUGUUACCGGGUGGCGGCAGCAGGGUGCGAUCGCACCAGCCGACUGACAUCCUGGCGCCUUUCUGGAGAUGAGGAGGAAGAAGACCCUUCUUUUCGUGAUCUUGGCUUACUCUGUCCUACUGCUCCUUGUGUCUUACCUUCUGGAUCACAAGACUAAAAGGGUGAUCCAGGAGGUGCCCAUCCGUUGGCGCUGCCAUACACCCGCUAACAACGCUGAUGUCCUCUGGAACUUACGAGAGGUGGGGACAGUGGCACCUGUCAGCCUUGAACCUCUGGAAGCUACAGUGAAAAAACAACACAUCUACCUGCAUGCUACGUGGAGGACUGGAUCUUCCUUUUUGGGCGAACUUUUCAAUCAGCACCCUAAUGUGUUCUACCUGUAUGAGCCGACUUGGCACUUGUGGCAGGCACUGUACCCAGGUGAUGCGGAGAGCCUGCAAGGUGCCGUCAGAGACAUGUUAAGCGCCUUGUUCCGUUGUGACUUUUCUGUGAUGAAGCUGUACGCCAACAGCCCCAACAUCAGCACUGCCACCAUAUUUGGCUGGAAGAGCAACAAAGUGAUUUGUUCUGCGCCGCUCUGCCCCGCGAACCAGAGGGACGUGGGUUUGGUGAACCAAACGCGCUGCGAGGCGCAGUGCCCCCAUAGAGACCUAGUGGACCUGGAGGCCGAGUGUAAGAAGUAUCCUGUCAUAGUGAUAAAGGACGUAAGGGUGUUUGAUUUGGGGAUACUGGCUCCUUUGUUGACAGACCCUGGACUCAAUGUGAAAGUAAUCCAGCUGUUUAGGGACCCGAGGGCUGUCCAGAAUUCUCGCCUCAAGUCUAAACAGUCCCUGGUACGGGAGAGUAUCCAGGUGUUGCGUAGCCGGCGGCGCCAGGACAAGUACCGCCGGCUCUUCACUCAUGCCCGCUCGUACCGUGCCGAUGCUUUCGUUUCAGGUGCAAUGGAGGUGAUCUGUGAGUGCUGGUUCCAUGACAUCCUUCUGAGCAGUCAGCAUCCAAGCUGGCUCAGUGGACGCUAUACGCGCCUUCUCUAUGAAGAUUUGGUUACGGACCCAUUAUCAGAACUUGCCAGGCUGUACCGCUUUGCCAACUUGACUUUGCUACCUGCGGUGGGCCGUUUUGCUCUGUACAUGACCCGGGGAGAAGGCUAUACUUCGCACAAACCUUUCCAGAUCUCCUCUCGUGAUGCCAGAGCUGCUAUCCAUGCAUGGAGGGAGAGGAUGACUCUGGAACAGAUAGAGGAGAUUGAGAACUACUGUGGCAUGGUCUUGGACGAGCUGGGUUACCUAAAAACGAUCCGUGGAGAAAGGUAGCCGAAGCAGGGGCCAGCUGGCCCCAGUCAUCCAAGGAAGAGUAAUUUAAAUCAGAAGAAGACAAGCCUAGACAGAAACGUCCUAUGUGCAGCCAAGGAAAACUGAAAACCUCGUCAGCAGCUAAGCAGACAGAAAGAAAACCCAGGGCCAGAGAGAGGUUGUGGACUUUCUCAGACCUCUGCUCAUUUUAUAAUGUAGUCUCAACUGUGUACGUCAUUUGGGUGGGUUUUGACAAUUUGAUAUACCUCAUCUUUUGUUGGUAUUUUAUGAAUUCUUGUGAAAAAAAAUGAUCAAAUGUUUUGUUUUCCUUUGAGGGAAACCUGAAAUGGCUUGAAGCAACAUACUGUUCUGAGCAGAAGUUUACCCUUACAUAUAGAGACUGAAACGAAGGUCUGAAAGCAAAUGCUUAACAUUUAAGUACUUAUGUCUUUGUGGCUGGUUAAACAAUGGUUUUAUUUAAACAUUCCAUACAUCAAACAAAACAACUUUUUUGUUUUGUUUUUGGUUGUGCUCUUUCUGUCUCACUUAUAAAAUAUGCCUGCAUUUUGUUUUGAUUUCCAGAAUCAAAGGGAGAAUGUUCAACAGCUGUGUUCAGCUAAUUGUGAUUGGUUGUUUGUCUUCUGACCAAGCAAGCAUGAUACUCAAGUGUGCCAGGUAUACAGGGUUCUGGCUGUUGGUUCUGUCCCCCCCCCCCCCAUGGGUGGGGCAGAUGUUUUUGUCAUGACGUUUGGCAAAUCAUAUGAUUUGCAUAAGUUCCUUGCCAGUUUUCUUUUCUGUCAGAGUAAUAAGCAAAUCCUGGGAAGAACAGCAGUUAUUAUAUUUUCUAUUAAUUUUUAACAAAAUAACGUACUGAUAUGGCAUACAAAAUGCAGUACCAUUUACAGGUUGUAGUCCACAGCUGCUGUGCCAUGUAUGAAUUCAAAACAUAGUCUGUGAUGCAGUUUGAUGCAAAUCUGCCAAUAGAGAUGACUUUAGUAACUGACUGUGUUAGAUGGAUGGUGGAUUAGCACCUCAUGCCUAUCUUUUAGUCUUUCAGGCUCCUGUUUUAGAAAAUAGAUUAUUCUCUGCAGGCACUGAGCUUCUUCCCCUUUCAGGCACCAUCCUUUAUUUUACUUGUGGGGAUCUGGGUAGCUGGGUGUUUCUUCACUGAUGUUAGGAGGUGAAGUUGUGAAUGGUAAAGGGAUGGAAUCUAAGCUGGACAUUUUUCAGUGAGUAUUUUCCUACACAGCACUGCACACAACUCUUUAUGUAUUUGUAUCCUGGGCCAUGUCUCCAUGGACACACAGAGAGACAUCAUCGCAGGGCAGCUUUCUGGCUCCUCUCAGGACAUGUACUGUCAGUAACCAAACUAGUGGGGCCUUGUAUAAUAUGCUGGAUUCUUUUUUAUCUGCAUGGCUAAUCUAGAUACAGUAAUUAAUUUAUUUGUUAAUAAUUGACGUUGUCAGUGUUCAUCUGCUAUAUGCUUUUCUUAAACUAUGCUGUUUCAAAAUGUCUCUAGCCCUUCCUAUAAGUCAAACUAUUUUAGAACAGUAUGGUAGUGUGAUUUUUAAUACUUGACACGUAUUUCAUAUAAUGAUUUAUGUAAAGUUUGCAUUGUACCUGCUUUGUAACUUUAUUUUUGUAUGGCUGCAGCUUUUUUUGUGAACUUUAUGCCUUGCUCACUGUGUCUAUAUGCUGGUUUACUUUGACUUUUUAUGGAUUGUAUCUAAAAUGUGUUUAGUACAUAAGUAAGAGUUUUAAAAAACCUUUAAAGGCUA